AUGAAGGAGUUCUCGUACGAGGAGGUGGAGGCGGCGACGGGCGGGUUCGCGGCGAAGAACCUCGUGGGCAAGGGUAGCCAUGGCAGCGUGUACAGGGCCAGGCUGAGGGGAGGCGGCAGGAUGUCCGUCGUCGUCGCCGUCAAGCGGCCGUCGCACGCGCAGGGUGAGGCCAAGCUCGCCAACGAGAUCGCCGUGCUCUCGGCCGCGCCGCGCCACCCGGGGGUCAUCGGCAUCGUCGGGGUGUCGUCGUCAUCGCCGCCUCCGCCGGCCUCGUCGGGGCCACGGCUGCCUCCACUGCUCGUCAUGGAGUUCAUGCCCAACGGGUCACUGCACGACCUGCUACACCGGUCGCCGAGGCCGCCGCCGUGGCCGCGCCGCGUGGAGAUCGCGCUGGACGUGGCGCGCGCCGUGCAGGCGCUGCACGCCGCGGCGCCGCGCGUCAUCAUCCACCGGGACGUCAAGUCCGCCAACGUCCUGCUCGGCCGCGACGGCCGCGCCCGGCUCGCGGACUUCAGCCUCGCGGUCAGCGUCAGGGAGGAGGAGGAGGAGGAGGACGAAGACGACGAAGAAGGCAGCUCGGCGUCGGCGGGGCCAGCCCCAGCGGGCACGAUCGGGUACCUGGACCCCUGCUACACGGAGCCCGGGCGGCUGGGCCCGGCGAGCGACGUGUUCAGCUUCGGCGUGGUGCUCCUGGAGCUCGUGAGUGGGCGCAAGGUGAUGGACAUCAACUCGUGCCCGUCGUCCAUCGUGUCCUGGGCUGCGCCGCUGAUCGGCGCCGGGCGGGCGCGGGAGGUGCUCGACGCCAGGGUGGCCGCGCCGCCCACGGCGCACGCAGACCGCGCCGUGGCCCGCGUCCUGUCCCUGGCGGCGCGGUGCGUGUCGGAGACCGUGGAGCAGCGGCCGGCCAUGGACGAGGUGGUCUCCGAGCUGCGCGGCGCCCUCGAGAGCGCCGGGUGGCGGCACGGGAACAGCGGCGGCGUGGUGGAGCGGGUGUGCAGGCGCGUCGCGUCGUGGGGGCAGCGCGUCAGGAGGAGGAGCAAGAGGGUGAGGGCGACCAAGGUCGAGUGCACCGAGCACUCCGACAGCGGCGUCGCAACCGGCUUGUCGUCGUGCGCCGCUCUGCCAUCGCAUCGGAACAACAAAGGCACCAUGAGUGGCGCACUCAAAUGA